AUGCCUCAUUUGAAGGGCUUACAGAAGACUUUGACAGUUAUUAUCCUUUCUCAACCAGCAACUUAUGAUGAAAAUGCUGCGGCAGAUUUGCAAAAAUCUUUAUAUCAACAAGCUUCAAAGAUAAAUAAGGAUAUCGAUGUUUUCAUAUCAACCACAGAUUUUCCAACUGUUACUGGUAGUUGGGCCGUAUGGCCUAUGUUUAGGAAAAUAAAUGCACGUGUGGACAGCCGGAGUUUAACUUGGUUAUUCAUAUGUGAACCGGGUACCACUGUCGAUCUGAUGAAAUUAAUGGGUCUGCUGCAGAGUUACCAUGCCGAUGGAAACUAUUUCAUUGGAAGGGCUUUAAAAGAUACAAAGUCCCAGAACUUAGUCAAUUUAUUUCUUCAGCCAGUUGUUAUCCACCAUUACCAUGGUUUUAGCGAAGAUGAAUUACCUAUUGAGUUUCCAGAUUUUGCAGCUGGUAUAGCUAUAUCAAAAGGUCUCUUUGUGAAGCUUCUUGACGUAAUUUCUCAGAAUUCGAUGAGAGAGUUUUCAAUUGAUGCUAAACAUGAGUUAGCAAAACUUAUAGCAUCUUCUGGACAGUUGCUGAUUAACAACCCAAAAUUUUGCCUUCUACCAGACGAAUCGCAGUGCAUCACCAAAUUCAUACAACCAUCUCGUGAAGUUUGUAAAAUGACGGUUGGCGAAGAUGAUGUUAUGUUUGCUGUAAAAACUUUUAGUGGAUAUCACAAUUCAAGGAUAGUUGUGGUUAAGAGAACUUGGGCUAAAGAUACGAAACAUAUACGAUACUUUAGUGAUGUCGAUGAUAUGUUUGUCCCAACGAUCACCUUCGGGAUUAACAACACUGAGAGAGGGCACUGUGCGAAAACUGAAGCAAUUAUAAAAUAUUUUGUGAAAGAAGAUGAUUUUAGUGGUAUCCGAUGGUUGGUCAUUGCAGACGAUGACACUUUGUUAAGUGUUCCCAGGCUGUAUGAACUAUUGGCCUGUUACGAUCCCCAGCAAAAACUUAUCUUAGGCGAGCGUUAUGGUUUUGGUUUUGAUGUAAAUGGUGAAUACGGUUACGAUUACCCAACCGGAGGGGCAGGGAUGGUUUUUUCACGAAAAGCUGCUGAACUGUUAGCUUCAGAAUGUGAGUGUCCGAGUAUCGACGCGCCAGACGACAUGAUCUUGGGCUGGUGUGGAGAACGGCUAAAAAUCCCAGUAAUCCAUUCUGCCGCAUUUCAUCAAGCCCAGCCAAUGGACUAUUCAGCUCUGUACUUAGGGCGAAUCAAUCCGAUCUCUUUUCACAAAUUUGAAGCUAUUGAUCCAUAUUCUGUUUACGUAGAAUUGCUUCAAGAUCAUCGACCGUUUGUUAAUUUUACCAGAGGAGUUCAUGAAGAACUGUAA